GAGCGCGCAUGGGCCGGCGGGCGCUGGACGUCCGGCGAGGCGCGCGCGGGUGACUGGCGUGCAAGCGGCUCGAGGGCUCCGGGUCGCGGUUCGCGUGGGCACCUGCCGUCCCAGGGAGGGGGCUCCCACUAGAAGUAAUCCACUACCUCAGAAUGGGAUACUAGCUCCUGCUCCACUUCCUGUGAUCAAACCAGAACUGAAGUUUCUGUGGGGAUGCCUAUAAACCACCAGAAAUCAGACUCUUCGGAGAUGGACUCGGACAUGUCACCCAGCUGCAGGCACAGUGACCUGAGCAGAGGUGGGAGUUUGGAGAGUCGGAGUAGCAGUUCUCGGUCCAGAAGUUUCACUUUGGAUGAUGAGAGCCUGAAGUACCUCACACAUGAGGAAAAGGAUGUCAUCCUGUUUUUCGAAGAGACUCUUGAUUCCCUGGAAGACGGCUUUGAGGAGCCAGUGCUGUGUGACAGCGGUGUGCACUGCCACUCUCCGCGGCAUCUGGAAAACAGCUCUUCCAGCCCCUCUGAACCUGAAGAUGUCAUCGACUUAGUGCACCCAGCACCUGCCACAGGGGACACUGAGCACCUUCCAGACGUGCCUCAGGCAGCAGGGGCUGGACCUGUUGGGAAGGAAGAUGUCCCUGUCCCUGAAUGCAGGAAACAAGAUGCUGAGAAUUCUCCACCGCCAGACUCCGUAGUUCCAGAGGCCUUUCCCCAGCCACCUUCCCUGCCUGGCACACCAACUCCAGCCCAGCCCUGGAAAGAGCUGCUCCCCUCCGCCCCCCCAGCAGAGCACCCAAAACUACCCCGCUCAGUUCCUACUCCUCUUGUUAUCGCUCAGAAAAUCUCUGAGAAGUUGGCAGGAAACGAAGGCCUUUCGCCCACAUCCCCCUCAAAGGAGGGCAGGCCCGGAGAGUGGAAGACACCAACUUCUUCAGCCCCUCGAAACGGAGACCACCUCCUAUGGCACAGACACACGGCCCCGCCUGCUCCCAAGCUCCACCGCUUCCCCAGCAACAUCAGCGUGACCAAUGGCCCGGGGAGGGACUUCAACAAGACCAUCUCCAAGGCGGCUGUCAGCGUGCAAGAGCGGAAAGCCCAGGUCUUGGCCAACAUCAACGGUGUCUCCUUCCUCAGCACGGCCGAUGUGGAAGAGUGGUCGCAGAAGCGUGAUCUCGCAGAGCAGAGGAGAAGCUUCUCUCCGGAGCCGGCAGCACAUGACCCAGGCAGGCCAGGCCUGGGCAGAGAAGCCGAAGGCCCACAGGCAGGAGGGCAGCUGGGGGGCCAGCAGUCCCGGGCCGUGCAGACUGAGCCACCCUCCACGCUGGCCAACGGCUUCCAGAGCAUCCAUGACGUCCUAAAGAGCGAGCCCAGCCCCUUCGUGUCUUCUGGAAAGACCAUCACCUUCCUGCCCAACCCGGCCCUUACCAGCAAACUCGCCCGCCAACAGGCCACCACAGUCUUGUCCGAGCACCAGCAGCCCGACUGUGGCCAUGGUGGCAGGAGGCGCACAGGCUCCCUCCCUAGGGCUGUGGGCAUCAGACCCCAGGGCAUCACCGUCCAGUUCUCUGGCCGGGGCUCCACCGAGGAGGCCCGACGGGAGGCCCUGAGGAAGCUCGGACUGCUCAAAGAACACUUGUGACCUAGCCGGGGGCCAGGAAGCUGCAGGGCAGGCGGCCGGCAGAAGGGCUCGCACAGGCUUCUCUUUCCCCUCCCUGAAUAAAAGGGGCGAAAUGAGGUGUUAGCCCUGACACAGGGCUUGGCUCGCUCACAAAUCUAGGAGCUAGUGGGCCUGAAAGAGGCGAGCAGGCUUGAAGAGCAGCGGCAACAGUCCCCGGCUGCACCUGCAGAGGGCCAAAGCCCACUCCCGUCCCCUGUAACCAGGAAAGCCUGUCAGCUGCCAUGACUUGCAAACACGACGUCUUUUGGAUCUGGGAGGAGGGGUUGGAUCUGAUUUGUCCUUCUUGAGUCUAUAAUCUAGCCUUUCAUCCCAAAUGCAUAACAGGAAAGCCAGCUUAGAUGUGUUCUACUCAGGAUUUCCCCUCCUUUUCUAAGAAAGUAAAAAAGAAGUGCUUGUUAAAUUUUUACAGUGUCUUAAUAAUACUUUUCUGGUUUUUUUGUUUGUUUUGAAGGGUGAAGGAUGGUACUUUAACCCUAGAUAUGCUUGUUUCUUGAUGUAAUUUGGUUUGCCCGCUUUUUUAAAUUGAAAAUUGAAGCAAAACCUUUAGAGUAUGAUUUCUUAUAAUUUCGAGUUGUGGGAGUAAAAUAGAAAGACUGAGUUUGGGAAAGGUGGUAAUUUUGAGAAAACAAGUCUCAUCAGACUACAAGGUCUGUGUUACUGGGACAUAUGUGUAUGAGCCUGUGUUGUGUGCAUAUAUGUACAUAAUAUAUGUUUGACACAUGUUAACAUUAUACACAUAGGUAUUUGUGUGUGCACGCACAUUCAUUAUUACAUAAAUAUAAACUUCUGAAAACCCUAGUAACUAUAGAAUGCAAGCGUUUCCUAUUCUCUUGGUAGACACAGCCACCUCAACAUUGUGAUGGAUGGCAUUUCAAGAAAUUGUCACUUCCUAACGUGGAAGUCUUUUAAGGACACAUCUCCAUGAUAUUUUGGUGACCCAAAAGUGCUUUUUCCUCAACAGUGUGUUCUUCUGUUCCAAAUUAAAGUCAUAUUCCCUGCUUCCAAAUAAGCAAAAUAGUUUCCUUUUUAGUGAAGAACAUUUUAAGAGGUUAAUCUCCUUUAAUUGAUCUCCUAAUUUUAGUUUUGCAUGUUCCAAGGUAGCUGGUAAUCAGAAGGAAACAGAAGAUUCUUAAAGAUCCCCAGUUGAUUCUGUUCCAUGAGCAAUAUCUCAGUAUUUAUUUAAAAGGAAAACGCAGAGAACUAGGUUACACAGCAUGAAAAGAACUGGUUUUCUCCCAGACUGAGUCUUACAUGCUGAGCUGUGGCCACAAGCAGCACUAUCAAAACUAUUUAAGGCUGGAGUCUUAAACCUCUAAAAAUAGAAGUCACGCCCUUCUGUGCCUUUCGGCCAGCCCUUAACAAAGUUUGUUUCUUCCCUGUUGAGAAUUACUUAAAUUCAAACUUUUAAUUGUGCUGUGAAGGGCAUUUUUCAUAAUAUUCUAUUUGCCUUGUAAGUUACAUAAGAUGAAUGAUUAUAACUUUUUUCUUAGGGCCGAGCCCGUGGCACACUGGGCAGAGUGCGGCGCUGGGAGCGCGGUGACACUCCCGCCACGGGUUCAGAUCCUAUAUAGGAAUGACCGGUGCACUCACUGGCUGAGUGCUGGUCACAAAAAAGAAAAUAAAAUAAAAAAUAACUUUUUCCUUAGAACUUCAGUAUUUAAUGUCUUGUCCUGCUCUUGUUCUCAUGAAAUAAUCUCAUGGUUUCUUGAUGAGCUUAAUUUAAGUAGGUGCUUUUAUUUUAAGGCUUUUAAAAGUUGUUACUUUUAAUUUUACUCCUGUUUAUGCUGGACUUGUUUAAAGGAUUGUUAUGUUUCAUUUUUACAAAAUGACACGCCAUAUACAGUGUUUAAUAAUAGAGGUCUUGAUACGCUAACUUUUUAAAUAUUCUUUAUAUAUGAGGAUGAUUUCUUUUUUCCUUAUCCUAUGAUUUCUUUGUGAGUAGGGUGAACUUGACUGUAUAUUAUUAGUACAUUUGUUUUCACAAUAACAUUUUUGAAAAAUAAACUAGAGUUUUAUCUUCAGUAUAAUCAACUUUGUUUUCAUGUUAUGUACUAUAUUCUCAAUUACUCUCUUUUAAAUGGUUACAUCUUUUCCUUCUAUUUAUUCAUAAUUUCUUUUAUUUAUUCAUAAUUAUAUUGACUGUUACUCUGGUCAUUUCUUGUGCUCAAACCCUAGUAAUUAAAGCCAUAUGUUUUGUGUGAGGUUCAAAUUAUAGCUGCUAAUGAACUGACCUGUACAUGUAUGUAUUAUGUUAACAAAAGAUCUAGUUUGCUGAGGGGCAUUAGUUUCUUUACUAUAACAUAACUGUGUGACGUGAUGCUCUUGUCACCUGGCUCAAGGUAACUCGAAGGGUCAUAUUUCAAAGAAAAAUUGUAAUGAAAAGGAAAGAUGGAUCCCAAGAGCUCAGGUUUUUUCCAAGUGAUGUGUGAAAAUCAGUCCCCAUUUUUGUGAAGCUUUUGUCUUAAUAUUUAAAAUAAGGGGAAAAAAAUUCUUGUUUGCUUUUAGGAAGGUGUGUACAAAUGGCCAAGCUAGAGUCUCAUCUGCAGAUGGUAAUUUGCAGUUAGCAGUAUGACAACAUGAGGUAUGAGUUUCUUCAAAAAGUUCAUGGCAAAAUGAAAUUAAAAGAUAAUACCUCUCAGUGAUGAAGAAGCUUCUGGUUUGCCUGACUGUCGUGGACUCCAUGUAACUUUAAAGUUAAGGGGAGAAAAAGAAAAUGAUCUGAAACUCGCACAGUGGAAGAAAUGGCCUAGCAAAAAGCAGUCUGCCCUGAAGUACAGUUGACGAGGAAAGGGAGACAGCUUUCACUUAACAGCCUGUGGAAACUUCUUGCUUUGUUUUGGAAUGAUCCAUAAUUAUCACUGGGGAGAAAAUGGGUCUGCAGUGAAAGACCAGCUCUCACUAGAAGUCUCUCCAUGGUGGCUACAUAUCACGCAGGUUUUGUACAUUAUUCCUUCAGAUUUUAAGAAUCGAAGCUACUUCUAUGGGGGAAAAAAAAGAUAAGAUGAAUCUGCCCAUGAGCUUCUGAAGACCCCUUCUGUCUGCUCCAGUUCCUUCCUCCUCCUUAUCCCCUUUCUCAUACUUGGUUUCUGAUGUGCACACUUAUCUUCACAAAACAGACAGAAAUCUAAUCCUUGCUCCCCGCCCCCAUUCCACACCCCAGGUCACACCGUCUCUCAUAAGCUGGUUGAGAAGAAAAGGCACAGGCAGGAAGCUGAUUCCGGGGGGCUGCCCGUCAGGGAGUCGUGAGUGCGACAUACCCACGGCGUUUCCUAGCAGAGCCUGGGCUCCUGCAGCCAGACCCAACUCGGCCACCUGGGCUCUCUGCCCCUUUCAGGACUGCACCAGCUGACCUCUGCCAUACGCUAGUACUUCAGAGAGUGUGUGGAGAAGCAGAAUUAAGAGAACAUGAAUCCAUGAACUUUUUGAAGUGUCCUACAGGAUUCUUCACUGCAAGUUCCUGGUGGGCAGCUCCUGCUGUGGGGUGCCUGUUUGAAACUAGCUUUCCAGAAGAGCUUACUGGAGUUAAUAAAUGAGGCCUAUGGAACCCUUAGGAUUGACCUUUUUAUUUUAAAAAAAAUCAGAAAUAAUUUACUCUUAUCAAAAAACUUGUAAAUGUCAUGCUAAUGUUUUUCUAAUGACGAGACCCGUAAUGAAGACAUUGUUCCUCUGUGCGUGUGUUUCAUCGCUGUGACAUGGCAAGGUUAAUAAACUUUUUUCUCCUAAACUGC